AUGGCUGAACUCGAGGACCGAGUGGAAGGGAACUACGAUGAACAGGUCCGUCUCCAUGGUCGUGUCGUCGCCGUCGAUGAUGCUACAAUGUCGAUCGAGAAACGUGUGGAUGAGCUUGAAGGUCUCCGCUCAAAGAGGAGACGAGUGGGUCGAAUCAGUGGCCCAGAAGAACAACACUUGCCAAGUGGCCACGCUUCGCCUGAUGCUAUUGCAACCAGACGAGUCUCAUCGAGCAUCGAUGGGCGAUCCGUCCGCACCCCUUCUUCACGUGCCUUGUCACCUAGUGCUGCGAUAUCGGGUUCUGCCGAAGCAGAAGAACCACGCUCCAGUGGGAUCCUCAACCUCGUUGAAAUCCCACGAAUUGCACCAUCCAAUAUCAACGGGCGUCUGUCACCACCACCACACGAUGAGCCAAGAUCAAGCGGGUUCUUGAACCUUGAUCUUGCUGAAAGAUUGCAUCAAAAAACGGCUUCGGACGCAACGCAGACUGUUGUUCAGCAUCAUGCUGCAGCUCGAAUCACUCCUCCUCAAGAUCGACCAAGUCCACCCGUCUAUGCACAGUCUAAACCCGAGGUCGUCAGGCCUGUGUUCCUCCCGCCGGAAAACGCAGAAAAGAAGAUCUCCUUGAUUGAUGUUAUGGUGUUGCCUGUCAAUACGUCUCCCCGAAAGAGAAAGCACCAUCUCGAUCACAGGGCCUUGGAUGUGUUGGCCGACGUGAGCAUGGCCAGUCCACUCAUUCACUGA